AUGUAUUAGUUGAUAAAUUAAUAAUAAUGGACGAAGAUUUCGAGGUAUCUGAUAAAAGCUGAGGAAAAAAUUGGUAAAUAUUUAGAUUAAAAAUGGCGGAGGAUUCUUCAAGAAGGAAGAGUAACAAUCCCAGCCGAGUCUUACAAACCACGGAAGCAGGGGAUGAAGAGCAGAGUAAUCAGGAAUUUAAUGCAGAGACAGACAUCCUUGAAAUCCCUGACGAUGACGGGGAUGAUGAUUCAAAGGAUUGGUACCAGUCACAACCAUCGGGAGGAGGCAGGGAGGAGGAGGAGGAGGCAGAGGAUGGUGGGAGAGGAUUCGUCUUCAGCUCCAAUGAAGUCACUGAUAACGUAGUGGUCUUGACGAGCGAUAUGGAACUUCCAGGGGGGAUCGAUGAGGGCAUGGAUGCCGAGAUACAGGGCAGAGGUUCAGCUCAUUCCAUCCUCCAUGGGAGCCGAUCUCUCAAGCCAAGGAAGCAGGUUGGUAGUAGCUUCAACAGAUCUCGUCAGUUCAUGGGAGUCAGUUACGAUAGCGACCAGGUUUACCCACCGGAUGGCGAUAGCAGUCAGGUACGAAGGCAGCAGAGAGCAGUUGAGCCAUUUGUUUGCCGGACCACAUCAAGUUCAGGGAAGAAAGAUGCAAGUAUGCAGUUUCCUGAUGAUGAGCUUUCUGUUCUGAGAGAAGAAAAUGAUGCUCUUAGAAAAGAGAACAGUGAGUUACGCAAGAAGGUGGAUAGAUUAGUGGAAACCAUUGCACUCAAUGACGCUCUUCCAAAUUUACUUGCAACUCUACGAGGGGCACCCACGGCGGGUGGUACCUCCCAAAACCUCAGCACCUCCACUGACAACAACCCGCCGGAAGAGGGCGCUGUGCCGUCAACGUCAGCGUCCCCACAGGUCCUCACAAUCUCACGCUGCCAAAGCCUUGCCAACGACGACCCUUCCUCCAACCCUCCUCCCUCUUCCACCCAAAACGUUGUGAUACCGGUAUCGGACAUGGGCGUGGCUCUAGGACAGGUGGUAACCACGCCCUCCGCAUCAUCGCAUGCUGUAACGUUACCGCAGAUACCGCUGUCGCAGGUCUCCUUGCCACAACUUGCUGCAGCUAUGGAUCAAGAUCUGCUACCACAUCAAUCGCAACAACAGGUGAAUAUUCCACGAGCACCUGUUCUUCCCGUCCUUGCACCAAGUAUUCAAAUGGGUUUAACAGGUCAGCCACCGAUGGUCCCGCCUGGUGCACCUUCACAGCUUGCAAUGAUACAGCAGAGUCUCCCCAACCCGGUACCACAGUCCACCCCUCAGACGGUGCUCCAGCAUGUCUCCCACAUGGCUGGCGGCAACCUGGCGCCGGUUAGGAUACGGGAUCGGGGGAAGCUCUUAGUGCGACCUGGAGGCAAGCAGACAGAGGAUUCAGUUGAGAUUAGUCUAAGCAACAACGUGAAGGUCGACAAGAGACUCCUCGACCGAUGCAACCACACCAACUUCCGUAAGCUGACCUCUGACCUGCUGAUGUGUCUCUUCCCGCGGAAGGUCCUAAGUAGAUCCACUCUGGGUGGGACCAGUAACACCAUCUCCAGGACAACAGGACUUCCCACAAACAAGACCAGAUUAGACCCAGAGAAAGUUGAAGCAAUACUUGAUUAUGUGCAGCGAGUGACCGGUGUCCCAGCUAGAGCAGUCAAAGAUGCCAUCAGGACGAAACUGAACAACGAAGCAAAGCGAAUGCACAGACAACUCAUAUUCAAAAGAUCAUUUCAUUACUCAGCCAGUGCUCCCGAUGGUCCCCCUUGAAGGUACCCCUGUGAAACAGAAAUGAGGUGAAUCCCUAUAGAAAUUACAUAUUUUGUUAUGUAUGGGACUAGGUAUAAGCCAUAAUAGGAAACACAUACAAACAUGUUCUGUCAUGUAUGGGACUAGGUUUAAACUGAAGUUUUAAACAUGUUUUGUUGUGUAUGGGACUCAGUUCAAACAAAAGUGAGAAGCAUACAUGUAUGUUUUUUUUUAGUAUGGGACUAGCUCUAAAGUUCACACUGUCAAAUGUUUA